GUUCCUAAACUGUAACCGCGUCCAAUAUCCGCCGUGGACUGACGAAAUUUCUCAUAGCGAAUCCACUUUCAAUCUUAAUUAAUCCAUCAAAAAACUUUUUAUUUAACUUAUUUUUUACAAUAAGUUGAAAGUAAAAUGCCUCCUAAAUUUGAUCCAAACGAAAUUAAAACAGUUUUCCUGAGGGUAGUCGGUGGAGAAGUUGGUGCUACCUCAUCACUUGCUCCCAAAGUGGGUCCCCUAGGCUUGUCCCCCAAAAAGGUCGGUGACGACAUAGCAAAAGCCACCUCGGAUUGGAAGGGUUUGAAAAUCACCGUAAAGCUGAUCAUUCAAAACAGGCAAGCGCAGAUUGAAGUUGUUCCCAGUGCAGCAUCGUUAAUUAUAAAAGCAUUGAAGGAACCACCGAGGGACAGGAAAAAAGUUAAGCACGUGAAGCACAAUGGAAACUUGACGUUUGAUGACAUUCUCACCAUCGCAAGGACUAUGCGACCUCGAUCGAUGGCAAGACAUUUGUCUGGUACCUGUAAAGAAAUUUUAGGCACUGCUGCAUCUGUGGGUUGCACGAUUGACGGAAGUGUGCCUAGGGACAUAAUUAAACAAAUCAACAGCGGAGAAGUGGAAGUUCCGGACGAAUGAAGCUGAGUGAAAUAAAAUUUCUGUAAUUAUUAA